AUGCGCUCUCUCACGCGCGUUUUUACGCGCACUCUCACGCGCUCUCUCACGCACUCUCUCACGCGCUCUCUCCUGCGCUCUCUGACGCACUCUCGCACACGCUCUCUUACGCUCUUUCACGCACUCUCUCACGCGAUCCCUCACGCGCUCCCUCACCCGCACUCUCUCGCGCAUUCUCUCUCUCUCACGCGCUCUCUCGCGCGCUUUCUUGCGCGCUCUCUCACGCGCUCUCUCGCUCGCACUCUCACUCGCGCUCUCACGCACUCUCUCACGCGCACUCUCACUCUCUCACAUGCUCUCUCACGCAAUCUCUCACGGGCUCUCACGCAUUCCCUCGCACUCCCUCUCGCGCACUCUCUUGCGCAUUCUCUCUCUCACGCGCUCUCUCAUGCACACUCUCUCGCACACUCUCACGCGCUCUCUCACGCGCUUUUUGAUGCAAUCUCUUAUGUGGUCCUUCACGCGCUCUCUCACGCGCUCUCUCACGCUCUCUCUCACCCACUCUCUCACGCGCUCUCUGACACGCGCUCUCUCACGUGCUCUCUCACGUACUCUCUCACGCACUCUCUCACGCGCUCUCUCACGCGCUCUCUCACGGGCUCUCACGCACUCCCUCACGUGUUCUCUUUCGCGCACUCUCUUGCACAUUCCCUCUGUCACGCGCUCUUUCUCGCGCACUCCCACGCGCUCUCUCACGCGCACUCCCACGCGCUCUCUUACGCGCUCUCUGACGCACUCCCUCACGCGCUCUCUCACGCGCUCUCUUACGCUCUCUCUCAUGCGCUCUCUCACGCGCACUCUCACGCGCACUCGCUCUCUCACGCGCUCCCUCACGCGCUCUCUCACGCGCUCUCUCACGCACUCUCUCACGCACUCUCUCACGCGCUCUCUGACACGUGCUCUCUCACGCGCUCUCUCACGCGCUCUCUCACGCGCUCUCUCACGCGCACUCUCACGCGCACUCGCUCUCUCACGCGCUCCCUCACGCGCUCUCUCACGCACUCUCUCACGCGCUCCCUCACGCGCUCUCUCAGGCGCACUAUCACGCGCUCUCUCACGCGCUCGCGCUCUCUCACUCGCACUCUCACGCGCACUCUCACGCACACUCUCACGCGCACUUUCACACGCACUCUCACGCGCUCUCACACGCUCCCUCACGCGCUCUCUCACGCACUCUCUCACGCUCUAUCUCACGCACUCUCUCACGCGCUCUCUCACGUGCUCCCUCACGCACUCUCUCACGCGCUCUCGCAUGCGCACUCUCACGCGCUCUCUCACAUGCUCUCUAACGCAAUCUCUCAUGCGCUCUCUCACGGACUCUCACGCAUUCCGUCGCACUCCCUCUCGCGCACUCUCUUGCGCAUUCUCUCUCUCACGCGCUCUCUCAUGCAUUCUCUCUCGCACACUCUCACGCGCUCUCUCACGUGCUCUUCGAUGCAAUCUCUUACGCGCGCUCUCUCACGGGCUCUCACGCACUCCCUCACGUGCUCUCUCUCGCGCACUCUCUUGCGCAUUCCCUCUGUCACACGCUCUUUCUCGCGCACUCCCACGCGCUCUCACGCGCACUCCCACGCGCUCUCUUACGCGCUCUCUGAUGCACUCCCUCACGCGCUCUCUCACGCGCUCUCUCACGCGCUCUCUCACGCGCACUCUCACGCGCACUCGCUCUCUCACGCGCUCCCUCACGCGCUCUCUCACGCGCUCUCUCACGCACUCUCUCACGCACUCUCUCACGCGCUCUCUGACACGUGCUCUCUCACGCGCUCUCUCACGCGCUCUCUCACGCGCUCUCUCACGCGCACUCUCACGCGCACUCGCUCUCUCACGCGCUCCCUCACGCGCUCUCUCACGCACUCUCUCACGCGCUCUCUCACGCGCACUCUCACGCGCUCUCUCACGCGCUCGCGCUCUCUCACUCGCACUCUCACGCCCACUCUCACGCACACUCUCACGCGCACUUUCACACGCACUCCCACGCGCUCUCACACGCUCCCUCACGCGCUCUCACGCACUCUCACGCGCUCUCUCACGCACACUCUCACGCACUACCUCUUGCGCUCACUCUCUCGCACUCUCACGCGCAUUCUCUCUCUCACGCGCUCUCUCACGCGCUCUCUCAUGCGCACCCUCACACGCUCUCUCACGCGUUCUCUCACGCGCUCUCUCACGCGCUCUCUCACUCGCACUCUCACGCAAUCUCUCACGUGCUCUCUCUCACGCACUCACUCACGCACUCACUCACGCGCCCUCUCAUGCGCUCUCAAACGCUCUCUCACGCGCUCUCCCACUCGCUCUCUCAUUUGCACUCUCACGCGCUCUCUCACGUGCUCUCUCUCACGCACUCACUCACGUGCCCUCUCAUGCGCUCUCUCACGCGCUCUCUCACGCACUCUCUCACGCGCACUCUCACGCGCACUCUCACGCGCACUCUCACGCACUCUCUCACGCGCUCUCUCUCACGCACUCACUCACGCGCUCUCUCACGCGCUCUCUCACGCGCUCUCUCACGCGCACCCUCAUGCCCACUCUCAGGCACACUCUCUCGCGCUCUCUCUCUCGCACUCUCACGCACAUUCUCUCUCUCACGCGCUCUCUGACGCGCUCUCUCAUGCGCACCCUCACGCUCUCUCUCGCGCGCUCCGUCUCUCCCCUUCUUCAAAUGAAAGUGCCAUGCAAGAGGAGACCAACUGA